UAAGGGUCAUUCAGGGGCCCCUAUGGUCAUGAGGCCCGGGACAUCAUAAGCGACGGGCUUGUCCACAUCACAACUGAAGUUUUUAUGGCAAUAUGUCAUCACCUGUUGCACAAAUAACAUACUUACCAAGAGUCAAGCUAUUGUCUUCUCAUCAUCUGUACCACCCCAUAAAUCCACAUGACAUUCAGAGAUCGGAACUUGAGUACCACACCCGAGAUUUAGUGGUGUGGAUUUAAAACGAGUGAUUCACAGUUGCAGACCUGCAAAGUACCCUAUAAAUUGGAACCAUGGACUCGCAAAUCAUUCAAAUUAACAAUUUUAUAAGCAGUAUCUUCCCAAAUAUUUUUGAAAAGUAACCAAAUGUACAUAUUAUCAAUUGCCAAUAUGAUGUUCAUAUAUUGAAAAGCUCUGCAGGCAAGCCUGCACGUCAUGCCACUCUCUAUUAGUUGCUAUUUUGGUCCUCCCCUGGAAGACAUUUAUCCAGCAUCUACCCACCCUGACAGCAUCCAAUAAACCCACCACUCCCAUUCAUCUCCACACCCUCGACAAACCACCCCCACCCACCUUUCCACUCUCUAGCCCGUUCCCCAGCUCUCCCUCUCUCUCUCUCAUACACACUCUCAUUUCCCGCAGAUGUGCCAGAGAUUUGGAGACUUAAAAUCACUGUAAGAUAAUUCUGUUUGGAGUUUCAACACUACAAGGUGAAAUAUUCCCUCUAUCCAACAGGCGUCUUUUUUCAAUUAAAAAAUUUGGAUCCCACUUUUGGUUGCUUUUAGCUGUGGUUACCAACUCAAUUGUGUUUCUCCAAAGAAAAGUGUUUCCUCAAUGAGCACUUGAGGACACGGAACAAGAUGACCAUCCACGUCGAGGGUCUGGUGGCCAUUGUAGUUUUUUAUCUGGUGAUUCUCUUUGUGGGCAUUUGGGCAGCGUGGAAAAACAAGAAUUCAGGCGUAGGUGAUGGUGGCGACCGGAGCGAGAGCAUCAUGGUUGGUGGCCGGGACAUUGGCUUGUUUGUGGGUGUAUUCACAAUGACUGCUACUUGGGUGGGUGGGGGCUACAUCAACGGGACAGCUGAGAAUGUCUAUUUACCUGAUUAUGGCUUGGCUUGGGCCCAAGCACCCUUUGGAUAUGCUCUCAGCCUGGUACUAGGUGGUCUUUUCUUUGCCAAGCCCAUGCGAUCUCGUGGCUAUGUCACUAUGCUGGAUCCUUUUCAACAGCUCUAUGGCAAGAGGAUGGGGGGGUUGCUUUUUAUCCCUGCUGUUAUGGGUGAAAUCUUCUGGUCUGCUGCCAUUUUAUCUGCCCUGGGAGCCACCUUGAGUGUGAUCGUGGACAUAAACAUCAACAUGUCAGUGGUGAUCUCAGCUCUGAUUGCUAUCUUCUACACUCUUGUGGGAGGACUCUACUCAGUUGCCUACACUGAUGUAGUGCAACUCUUCUGCAUCUUUGUGGGUUUGUGGAUCAGUGUGCCUUUUGCGUUAUCCAAUCCUGCCGUGUCAGACAUCAUCGUGACAGCCAGGGAGGCAAUCCACCAGUCACCCUGGCUGGGGAAGGUUGAUCCUGCUGACAAAUGGCUCUGGGCAGAUAAUUUCUGUUUGCUGAUGUUGGGGGGGAUUCCCUGGCAGGUCUAUUUUCAACGGGUUCUUUCUGCCUCUUCAGCUACCUACGCCCAGGUCCUUUCCUUCCUCGCUGCCUUUGGUUGUUUGGUCAUGGCUGUUCCUUCUAUCCUCAUAGGAGCAAUAGGGGCAUCCACUGACUGGAACCAGACAUCAUAUGGGGCCCUCCCUCCAAAAGAUCGGGAUGAAUCCGACAUGAUUCUUCCCAUUGUGCUUCAGCACCUCUGCCCACCUUACAUCUCCUUCUUUGGACUGGGAGCUGUAUCGGCUGCAGUCAUGUCAUCUGCAGAUUCCUCCAUUCUCUCUGCCAGCUCCAUGUUUGCCAGGAAUAUCUAUCAACUUGCCUUUCGACAGUCGGCAUCGGAUCGUGAGAUCGUCUGGGUGAUGCGUCUCACAAUCUUCGUUUUCGGAGCCCUCGCCACUGCCAUGGCUUUGUUAACAGGAACAGUGUACGGGCUGUGGUACCUGAGCUCGGACCUUGUCUACGUCAUUGUCUUUCCCCAACUUCUCAGUGUCCUUUUCGUCAAAGGAACCAAUACCUAUGGCUCGGUGGCUGCCUAUGUCUUUGGUCUUUUGCUACGAAUUGGCGGAGGAGAACCCUAUUUAAAACUUCCGCCAUUCAUUUAUUAUCCUGGAUGGGUGAUCCAGGAGAAAGUCCACCACCUCUCUGGUGAUGUAGAGCAUUUUGUCCAGCAGAGAUUCCCAUUCAAGACAAUGUCCAUGGUGGCAUCCUUUUUGGCAAACGUGGUAUUUUCCUACUUGACAAAGUACCUAUUUGAAAGUGGUACGCUGUCACACAAAUAUGACUUCUUCGAUGCUGUGGUCUCUAAGCACAGCAAGGAGAUCAUGGACAAGGCCACACUGGUAAGCCAUGAUAAUAUCAUUCUCUCAGAGAUGGCGCCUGUCAAACAAGCACUGGGUGCAUCCCUGGCGGCAACCUUCACCAAUAGAGAGGUCCUAAGUAAUGAUGAAGUGUCAAGUCCUGAGGAGUUUCAAAAUGAAAACUAGGCGCUAAAAGGCACAACUGAAGGGAAACUCACUACUGCCACACUAGGAGUCAAAGCGGUAGGGAUCUGCAAUGGCUUCCAAAUGAUCCUACAUGUUUUAUUUCAUGAUAAUUUAUGUUAAAGGACCUCAUGAAUGUUUCUUGGUAAAUCCAGGUUGGAGGCUACAAAGGUAAGACCUGAUAAUUAGAAUUGGAGAUCAGACAUUGGAAAACAAUAUUCUGGUCUACAGUUCCAAUUGUAAAAUGGCAAAUUUCAGUGACAUUUAUGUAUGUUGUUUCGCUGUCUGUAAUGUUAUUGUGUGUAGCAGAGAAUAUUCCAUGAACCAAAAAAUAGUGUCAAAACAGAAUGAUAGGUUUUCUCCCCAUGAGUUUAAGCAUGUAUUGUAAUGAAGGAUCUUUCCUUGAUAUAAGAAGUAUAUGAUGCUGCCUUUGUUUUGGACUGCUUUGCCAAGAAUUUGGCAGGUUGUCAAGAAUAAUGUAUCUUGAAAAUAUCCCCACUACAAUCAUCAAGUGCCACUAAAAGUAAUUAAAUACGUCUAUGAAGAAUAAUGAAAGAAAAUAAUUCGAGAAUAGUGCAAUAAAAUACCGGGACAAAUUGUCUUUGUCUUGCAGACUGUACACAAGUUAUGUCAGAAAAAUUCCAGGACUGAUUUCACUCAACAUGUAUAUCAAAUUCAAACUUUUCACCUUCAUUGCCGGAGAGAGGAUUUACGAGUAGUUCCCCCAAAAAAGUAGAAAAUCCAUUCAAACGGUGCAUACAGUGGUAUGAAAAAGUAUCUGAACCUUUUGGAAUUUCUCACAUUUCUGUAUAAAAUCGCCAUC